UACCUCUUCUUCCUGUUCUUCCUGCACACUCUCUCUCUCUCUAUUCGGUCUGCAGUCUGCAAAUGCAGAAGAAGUCAACAAUAGAAUUUGGAAUUGGAGUUUCGAUUCAUACCCAUAACAUAUGGAGAAGAAACCCCUCCACUACCAAAAAGCUUAUUCCCUUUUCAAGCCUUUUGAUUUGAUUGAUCUUCAAAAGACAAAAAAGAUGAACUUUUGACCUUCCCUUUAUCAAUUGAACAAUCUUUGAUAUGGGUUAUCUAUCCUGUAAAGCUGAAGCAUCGGUCGCCGUUUCAAAUCCCCACCACAACCACCACCAUCACCAAUCUAAGAAAGAAAAACCCAUCGAGAUCCAGCAGUUUCAGUACAGCGACCUUGAAGCAGCAACCAAUGGCUUCUCCGAUCAAAAACUCCUCGGCAAAGGCAGCCAUGGUUUCGUCUAUAAAGGGGUUCUCCGUAGCGGUCGUCUCGUCGCAGUCAAGAAAUCCGCAUCCUCAUCCCGCGCCGCCGCCCACGCCAACUCCUCGUCCAGAACCAAUUCUAACGAAGUUGAUAACGAGAUUCAGAUCCUAUCUCAACUCCGGAGUCCUCGGCUCGUGAAUCUCGUCGGAUUCACCGCUGAUCCUUCUUCCGACCGCUUACUCGUCGUCGAAUUCAUGAGUAAUGGCACUCUUUACGACGUCCUGCAUUCAAGUUCGCGACCUCCAAACUGGGGACGAAGAAUCAAACUCGUUCUCCAGACUGCCAUGGCUAUUGAUAGCCUCCAUUGUCUAAAUCCUCCGGUGAUUCAUCGCGAUAUUAAGUCUGCUAACGUAUUGAUCGAUCGGAACUUCAAUGCCAGGUUAGGAGAUUUUGGACUUGCUCUUAGAUGCAGUGCAGAUGAUUAUCGUCUCCGGUCAACUCCGCCUGCAGGAACAAUCGGAUACCUAGAUCCUGAUUAUGUAACUCCUGAUAAUUUGAGUACAAAAACAGAUGUAUUUAGUUUUGGUAUACUUUUGUUAGAGAUUAUCAGUGGUAGGAAAGCAAUUGAUAUUGAGUAUUCACCUCCAUCAAUAGUGGAUUGGGCAAUUCCAUUGAUUAAGAAGGGUGGAAAGAUUUCCUCCAUUUUCGAUUCCAGAUUAGACCCUCCAAAGGAUCCUGCAGUUCGAAAACAUUUAGCAGUUUUAGCUGCACAUUGUGUUAGAUCUUGCAGGGAGAGAAGGCCAUCAAUGAAGGAGAUAGUGGAGAGGCUGAGUGGGUUAAGCAAACUGGUUCCUCUCCAUUCCUGGAAUGGUUUUGCCAAACCAUGUAUGAUGGUUGAUACAAUAGGAAAACAGGUUGAAUUGAAGAAUAAUGAUAAACAGCCUAAGGUUGAAGAAGGAGAAGAUGACGAUGGUAAAUCGACUAGUAAGGCAUUGCGAAACUCGGGUAGAGUUUAUUCUGAUCUGGGCGUAAGAGGAAGAAGGGGUUUGGGUUUGAAGGAUCUGAUGGCUGUAGAUGAAGAACAUGAAUCCGAAUUGAACACAAGUAGGAAAACUUCUAGUUUGAGAUUUGGAAGUGCGAGAUUUCUUGGUCGUGAUUUACAGUUAAGGAGAAACAAAUCUAUUGUUGUUGAGAAUUGAAUUAAUGAAUGAAUCCUGAAAUUUUUAAAGAUUCAUUUUUACCUUACUUACCACUUGUGUGCUCAUUUAGGAAUGGAGAUAGCUUGAUUAUGUAAUGUAAGAAGUCCAUCUUGUUUGCAUUU